AAGGCCACCACCGCCCAGCUGUGUGUGUGCUUUCUGUACCUCUCAUGGAAAAGGCUCUGUCCGCAACUGUUUUUGCAGCAGCAUAGCGCUGUUCAUGCGCUGAAUAUUCAUUGCUCAGUAAAUAACAUUUUAUACUAAUGGCUGGAAAUUAGUGAUCACAAGAAUCCCUGACACCCAAGAAAAAGACAGCAGAGAAGGAUCCUUAUGAAAAGCCACAGGAAUGAAACCUGAAGCAGCCACUUCCCUAAAGAUUUUCUUGACACAUUUAUUCACCCAAGGGCCAUGGAUUUAAGGGGAAAAAAGUGAAGAGCUAGGCGGUAGUUUCGCACUCCUUUAAUCCCAGCACUUAGGAGGCAGAGGCAGGAGGGUCUCCUGUGAGUUCGAGGCCAGCCUGGUCUAGAGUGAGUUCCAGAACCUACGGAAAAUACAACAAAAAACCAACUCAAAGACCUCCCUCCUUCAGGAAAGCUUAGUACUCAAAAGUUUCCCUUGUAGGUUGACUUGUGUGUUAAUAAGCUUUCGGUGUUCAGAGUUGCUGAGCAAGAAACUAAUAACUGGCAAGUACUGCCAACAGGCAAGGCUAAGAUGCUCUUAAAUGCUAUAAUCGGAAAAGAAAAUCAUAGACGCAAUGUCAGCCAUCCAAAUGAUUUAAAUCACGUUCUUUUCUGUAAUAUGCAGGCAGUAAGACAUGAAAGAGACUAACAACAUGGAGAAACGGAUGCAGAAAAAAAAGCAGAUUCUGCAUUUAGAGGGAUGGGACAGGCGAGAAUUUAUUAACCAUCUUGCUACAUCCCAGAUCUCUCAAGAAAACACAGGAUUUAACUGUGAGCGGGAGAACACACAGUCCUCUCACUAAAAGUCACUUUAUUCACACCCUUUGAGCUAGCUUAGCCGGGCUCUUCCUCCUUUCACACACUUGUGCACACGCGGUUCUGGGGCGGCAGUGUUCUUUCAAGCUCACAAGUGCAAGGCGCGUGCAGGAAAACGGGUGGGGGGGGGGUACGACGGGAGGCCCCGGGCCUGCAGGGCAGCACGGUGUCGUCUUUGUCCCGUCCGGGGCGGGCACCUCAACGGUUCCACACUGACACGUUCGCGGGAAAGCGCGAUUCCAGCGAAGAGGUCCAUAGAGCUAGAGCCGAAUAACGGCAGAAGACCAAGCGGGGGCGGGGCUGGGCGGAGCUACAGAGCCUGCUCCGCCCCCAGCUGUUCCCGCGCUCCGAUUGGCUCCGGCGGCCGCGUGCUCCCGGCUGGGCAGCUGGAGGCUGGAAAGCGGGUGCUGCUCCGUGCGAGCGACGGGCCAGCAACCGCCUGAGGCUGCGGGUUGAAGCGGAGGCCACUCGCUCUUCGCCGGUCUGCGCAGAAAUCUCGGGAAGCCACAAUGCGGCACAAUCAGAUGUGUUGUGAGACACCACCUACUGUCACUGUUCAUGUAAAAUCAGGUUCUAAUCGGUCACAUCAAACUAAAAAGCCUAUCAAUCUGAAGCGUCCUAUUUUCAAAGAUAGUUGGCAAGCAUCUGAAAAAAAUGCACAUAAUAACAAAUCUAAGCGGCCCAAAGGACCCUGUCUAAUUAUACAACGUCAGGAAAUGACUGCUUUCUUUAAAUUAUUUGAUGACGACUUAAUUCAAGAUUUCUUGUGGAUGGACUGCUGUUGUAAAAUUGCAGACAAGUAUCUUUUGGCUAUGACCUUUGUUUAUUUCAAGAGAGCUAAAUUUACUAUAAAUGAGCAUACCAGGAUAAAUUUCUUUAUUGCUCUGUACCUGGCUAAUACAGUUGAAGAAGAUGAAGAAGAAGCCAAGUAUGAAAUUUUUCCAUGGGCUUUAGGGAAAAACUGGAGAAAACUGUUCCCUAAUUUCUUAAAGUUAAGGGACCAGCUCUGGGACAGGAUUGACUAUAGGGCUAUUGUGAGCAGGCGGUGCUGUGAAGAGGUUAUGGCCAUUGCACCAACCCAUUACAUCUGGCAACGAGAGCGCUCUGUGCAUCACAGUGGAGCUGUUAGGAACUACAACAGAGAUGAAGUUCAUCUGCCCCGGGGUCCUAGUGCCACACCAGUAGACUGUUUACUGUGUGGUAAAAAAGGAAGAUACAUGAGAUUGGGACUGUCUUCAUCGUCAUCUUCAUCCAGUGACACAGUAGAGCUAAUGGAAAAACACUCUCAGGAAUUACACAAUUCAUUAACAGUGGACAAGAUAGGUGAACCUUCUCAAGCCAAUAGCUAUUCUCAAGCCAAUGACCAUCAAUCAAACAAAGAAAAGGAAACUAAUUUUAUGAAGAAAGACAGAGCUAUGGAGUGGUUUACAGGAAGUGAAGAAUGACGUGGCUCAACUAAAGCAACCUGGAAUUAACUACAGAUUAUCAAAAUAAAUGCAAGACAAUGUCAAAAUGGGACAGAUACCCAAUUGUACAAUAUUCUUUAGCUUCUGUUAUUCUUCAAACAUAUGUAAAAGUUAUACAAGUCAUAGUAAUAACUAGAAAUACCAAUUUAUGACAGUGAUUGAUAAUAUGAAAUUCUAAUUUGAUACUUCUCUGCCUUCAAAUUGACAGCUCUCAUCUCAGGUAUCUCAGUUCAGCUGUGGUUUGACCUUUCUCAACCUGACAAGAAAAACCAGUUUAAAAGAGAAAACAAUUAAGGUCAUACCACUGUAUUAGUUAAAGAAACAUUUAGUAUGUUCUGAAAACAUUUCGUGUGUGGACAGUUUGCCAGUGAGCAGAUCUAGAAUAUAGAGAUAUGGUCUGUAUAGAAAAUCAGAAUGUGACUUUGUGUAACAGAACAAAAUGCUUUCUACACUAUAUGUGUUUAUAAUUUGUUCACACUGUCCUGUUCUUGUAAGCUCUUUCUCUUCUUUUUGUAUUUGUAUUGGAGCUAUACUGCUAGUCAGUAUACAGAAACAUUUGCCAGCGAUCACAUAGUAAUAACCUUACAGAUAAGCUUAUGACCAAAAGGAUAAGCCUGCUUCAUAAAUAAAUAUAUCUGAAACCCUUUUCACGGCCUAGAUAAUGUGCACAUACAAGGACCUAAACUUGCUUCCUGGAAGAGCUCCAGAAGCUCUUUAGGACUUCUGCAAUUUAUUUAACAGAAUAGCAAAACACUACAUUUCAGUUUCUGUACCAAAAUUAUAAUAAUAAUGAUAAUCCAUGAAGAGUAUCUAGCAGUUAUGUGAGCGUGUUAUUGUGUGACUGUGUUGGCCAAUAUACUCAAGAAUCUACAAUACUUACUAUUGAAUAUGCAAGCAUCAAAUAAAACUGGAGCUCACCAUGGUUCUCCUCUUGAAACACUUCA